UGGGACAGUAAUAUUAGGGAAGGAAGGCCUGUCAGCUGAUCGGUGCAACUGCUGAUGCUGAGGGUAACUUGGCCUUGAGCCAUCAGCCGAACAGGGAGGGGUAGCCCUGCAGCUGGCGUGCCCAGGCCUCUUCAGGCUUUAAUCCUACCUUGCCUCACUUUCCCCUGGAGGAAGCACAGGCAGCCAGAGCUGGGAGGUGUUUGUGUGUUUGGCCUUUGGUAAGAGCUCUAAUUGGAUCCAGCUGGUGGGCCGCACCUCCCUCAGACUCAACCUCCCCACCCCACAAAGCCGGGGAUUGGCUGGCUCCCCAACAGGCUGCUCAGAUGUCUGAAGGAAUACCCACCAAUGCAGACCAGAGAGGUUGCUGUUCCUAGCCUCCUUUGUAACCUUUCCAGUGAGCAGGAACUGAGCAAGAAGACAAGGGCCCACAGGCCUCUGUUGUCCUGUCUUCAUCCCCACUCAGUCCCCCACAGCCCUCGUGCCAGUCAUAGGACUGUUUGCUGUGCGCACUCCUGCUGACAUUCUUUUUAACUCCCAUGCUGCUCUCAUGAUCCACCCUACCCCCACCCCCAGUCAGAUUCAUAACACUGAAUAUAUUCUACCACAAACAGGACACCUCCUGAGAAAUCUAGUGUCCUUGCUAAGAGCUACCACAAACCCCACAGGCAUAUCUGAGACUGAUUAGGCCCAGUCCAAAGGGUGGUGUAAGUUUAUUUCACUAGGGCCCCAUCUGGCCAUGAAGAUGAAGAGAUGCAGAUUCUAUACCACAGCUCUCUAGGCACCAAAGCCCCUUUGUGCCCAUGAAUGAUGCACAACCUCUUUUGUCUUCUUGCACCCACCUUUGUGGACCCCUUUGCUCACCUCCAUCUCCCAGGUGCCCUGAGAUCCUUUCUGCUGACCCCUGAGUGAAGCAGAAGAACCUACUGGCUUGUCAGACAUGAUGCUGUGAGCCAGGGAGGCUCCUCCCUCCAAAAGCCAAGCUUGCAGGUUCAGGAGUGUUUAAUACUCACGAAGGAGCAGCUGCCACAUCCUGUGUCUUCCAACUUUGACCCAAGUAUGCAAGGCCUCUCCGAUGGGCUCAGCCUGGACGAUUUCAUCCCUAGUCACCUCCGGGCCCAUAUAGGCCGAUCCUCCCGGGGGACAAGGGUGCCUGUGAUCCGGAAUGGUGGCUCCAACACCCUUAAUUUCCAGUUCCAUGACCCUGCGCCCAGGACUGUGUGCAAUGGCUAUGCCUCACCCAGGCGAGAUGGUUCCCAGCAUUCAGACUCAGCAUGGUAUCAGACCUGGCCAGGCCCUGGGAGCCGACCCUCUGCGAGACCGAAGCAGCCUGCCUCCCAGCAUGCCCAGAACUGGUCAGCCACAUGGACCAAGGACAGCAAGCGACGGGACAAGCGCUGGGUGAAGUACGAGGGAAUCGGGCCUGUGGAUGAGAGCGGCAUGCCCAUUGCUCCCCGAUCUAGUGUUGACAGCCCCAGAGACUGGUAUCGGAGAAUGUUCCAGCAAAUUCACCGAAAAAUACCAGACCUGCAGUCAGACUGGACAUUGGAAGACUCACCCAAAGUGGUUUCCUUGGGAGCCUCUUCUGCAGAACCCAGGCAUCCAGGGCCCCAGCAAAAACCUGCUUCCAGGCCUGGUACCACUGUGACUUCUAGCCGAAGAAACUGGAACCACUCUGAAGAAACAUCUAGAAACACCUUUAACUAUAAUCUUGGGUCAACUUCUUCGGGGUUCCACCCCUCAAAUCAGGUACCCAGACAUCGAGAGAAAGUAGAGAGUGUCUGGACAGAUGACUCCUGGAACCAGUUUCUGCAAGAACUAGAAUCUGGGUAUAAGCCCAAGAAACCAUUGGUGGAUGACCCUGCCGAGAAGCCUAACCAGCCCAUUGAGGUCCUGCUAGAACGAGAAUUGGCCAAGCUGAGCGCGGAGCUGGACAAGGACCUGAGGGCCAUUGAGACCCGCCUGCCAUCCGACAAGAACUCUCAAGCUCCACGAUGGUCCUCUGAGCAGCCAGUCCAGGAGCAGCGGCCCUCCGCCCGCCAGUCCUCAGCCUGGAGGCCCAGCUCCCCGCAUGCACCCUCCUUCAGGUCUUCCCGACCCCUGAGCCCCCACAGAAUGGCAGAUGGAGGAGGAAGCCCCUUUCUGGGACGUAGAGAUUUUGUCUAUCCUUCCUCAGCCCGAGAACCUAAUGCCUCUGAAAGGGGUAGCAGCCCUGCGAGGAGAGAGGAGAAGAAGAGGAAAGCUGCCCGGGUCAAGUUUGACUUCCAGGCUCAGUCCCCCAAGGAGCUGACUCUACAGAAGGGUGACAUCGUCUACAUCCAUAAAGAAGUGGACAAGAACUGGCUGGAGGGGGAGCACCAUGGCCGGCUGGGUAUCUUCCCAGCUAAUUAUGUGGAGGUUCUGCCUGCUGAUGAGAUCCCCAAGCCCAUCAAGCCACCUACAUACCAGGUGCUGGAGUAUGGAGACGCUAUAGCCCAAUAUUCGUUCAAGGGAGAGCUGGAAGUGGAGCUGUCCUUCCGAAAGGGGGAGCGCAUCUGCCUGAUCCGAAAGGUGAACGAACAUUGGUAUGAGGGGCGAAUCACGGGCACAGGACGCCAAGGCAUCUUCCCUGCCAGCUACGUGCAGAUAAACCGGGAGCCCCGGGUCCGGGUCUGCGAUGACAGCCCCCAGCUUCCUGCAUCACCUCACCUGACAGCCGCGUCUCGUCCAGCCAGUCACUCCAGCUUCCCCUCAACAAGUGUGGACCCCACUGACUGGGGAGGUCGGACCUCCCCUCGCCGCAACAUGUUCCCCUUCCCCAUUACCCUCCAGGAGCCCAGAUCUCAAACCCAGAAUCUCAGUACCCCGGGACCAUCUCUGUCCCAUCCUCGAGGCACCAGCCGUCCCGUAGACCUGGGGGCCUCCUCCCCAAGCACCACAGAGAUACACUGGACUCCGUACCGGGCUAUGUACCAGUACAGGCCCCAGAAUGAGGACGAGCUGGAGCUUCGUGAGGGAGACCGUGUAGAUGUCAUGCAGCAAUGUGACGAUGGCUGGUUUGUGGGAGUCUCCCGGAGAACUCAGAAAUUUGGGACAUUCCCUGGAAAUUAUGUAGCCCCUGUGUGAGUGGUCUCUAUGGCAGUUUGGAGCCAACGAGGAUGGGGUGGGGAGCAGUAGCACUAUGGGAGGGAGAAAGGUCCCCCCACAUCCUCUUCCCCCAGGACCUGUGCUCCCAGCAUCUGCAGAGACCCCAGCAACUCUCCCUCCAAGCCCCCUGGAAGUCCCCUGGACUGAUUCCCACCCGCAAAUCACAGGCAUUCCUUUGACAGCCUUCUUCACCACCCCUCAAAUACAGAUGUCUGCUUUCAUGUGGAGACUGUCUCCAGGCCUUAUUGAGACCAGACCCCCAAGCCUCCAUCCCCCAGCAUUUCCCCUAAUGGGGACUGGCUCUCACUUCACCCCCAUGGGGUUCCUCUAAUAAGAACCAGCCUCCUACCCUGGUGGAGACCAAAGGCCUCCUCCCAUUUUUCACCAGCUUGCCUGCUUCCACUUUGCCUUCUGGCCUCCAGCUGGACCUAGACACAAGGUGGGGAACACCUUCUCAGCUUUCAAGGUCCAGUGAGAGGCCUUGCCUCAAGGCUUCCUCCUCCCAGAGGCUACUGAGCCCCUGGGUAGGGCCUCCCCGUAAAGCCCUAACAGACUGAGGCACACAACUGCCCUGGCCUAACAGAAGGUAGAUUUACAGGGACACUUGCUUGCUGCCCUAAUUCCCAGCUCUUUUCCAUGUCCAGGUCCACUCUGGAAGAGAAUGUAAAAUAAACACGGAUAACAAGAA